AUGGCUCCGCCGCUGUUCGUCGGCGACGUUACCCUUCCACUUCAAUUCCUCGACCGCAAGCAGAGUAGAACCCAGAGCCACGCAAUGUUGUUUUUCUCCUACUUCAAGGAUUUGGUUGGCAGAGAAGUGACGGUGGAGUUGAAGAAUGAUUUAGCAAUUCGAGGAACCCUCAUAUCUGUCGAUCAAUACCUCAACAUUAAGCUCGAGAACACUAGGGCUGUUGAUCAGGAUAAUUUUCCCCACAUGCUUUCUGUGAGGAAUUGCUUUAUCAGGGGGUCGGUUGUGAGAUAUGUCCAGUUGCCACCUGAGGGGGUUGACGUUGAUCUGCUUCAUGAUGCCACAAGAAGAGAAGCUCGGGGUGGCUAA